AUGGGACAAAGUAAUCCUAAAGAUAAUAGAAGAUAGGUUAAGGGAGGUAUAUUUAUCUAACUUUAAAAAACCAGUUUUAUAAGUAAUGAAGUUGUAUAAGGUUAGUUGAAUAUUAAUAUAGAAGAACCGUUUUAAGGCCAUAUCCUUUAAGUAACUUUAAAAGGUCUAGAGGAAACUCAGUUUACAUACACUGUUAAAAGGGGUAAACAUAGAAGAACUGUUUUUGCUAAGGGUUAAAAUGAAAUAGUUAAUUUUUCUAUGCCUAUUUAUGAUUUCGCUUAAGGUUAAAAUAGUUCAGCCUUCAUAAUAAAUCCAUGCUAAGUUGUUAUACCGUUUUAAUUAUGUAUUGCUGAUAAGCUCCCUUCCUCAAUGAAUUAUUUUUAUAACUCAAAUAACCAAUGUUCUAUAAAAUAUUCUAUAAUUGCUCAAAUCAUUCCAACAGAGGCUAAUGUAAAGCCAAUACAAGGGAGCUAAGAAAUAUUUAUAGGAUAAUAAAUAUCAACUUAUUAUUUAUCUAAUAAUACCACAUCAAUUUAGCAACCUGUGAUAUGCUGCUGUUGUAAGUCAGGAUAAAUUAAUUAUAAUAUAACCACGAGCAGCAGGUGUUUUUCUCCUCAAGAAACUAUAAAUCUGAAUAUGGAUAUUGAUUUUAGCUAAUACAGCAAACAAGUAAAUAAAUUGACUGUUAAGCUUCUUGGUUAACUUACUAUGAAGGCUAAUACUGCUGAUAAAACUAAAGUCCUCAACAUAGCAGAAAAAAGUAUUGAAGUAAAAGUCGAGUAAUCAAAGAUGAAGUAAGAAGUUCAAUUUCAAGUCCCUUCUGAUAUACCUUUAUCAUCAUAAGGUGAAUUAGUUUAAGUAGUUUAUCAAUUAUAAUUAAUUCCUCAAAUUAGCACUAUUUGUUGUGUUUCUGAUAGUUCUCCUCAUGAAAUAAAAGUUUUUAUAAAUCCUAGCUCAAAUUUACUAUAAAAUAGCUAAUAAAAUCCUCCACAACUUUAAAUCUAAGCACCUCCAAACUGGAAUCCUGUAUAACUGUAACCUAAUUAAUUAAACUAUAGUUAAGCAAACUGUAUUCAAGACAAAUCAAAUAUCUAAUCUCAAAAUCAAUUUAACUAGUAUCCAUAUCAACCUCAGUAAUCAAAUAAUUUAUAUAACAUUCCUAAUUCCAUGUUGGUUUAAAUAUAACCAACUGGUUAACCACAAAUGAUAAAUUAAAACUAAUAGUUCCUAUGA